UCCAUUUAAUUGUGUGUGUGUGUUUGUGUGUGUAUGUGUGUGGUAUGCAUAUGUGCGGUUUGUGUGUGUGUGAUGUGUAUAUGUGGUAUGUGUGGUAUUUGUGGCAUGUGUGUAGUGUGUGUGGUGUGUGUGGUGUGUGUGUGUGGUGUGUAUGUGGUGUGUGUAUGUGUGUGCUGUGUGUGUGUAGUGUGUGUGUAUGUGUGUGGUGUAUAUGUGUGUGUAUUUGUGUGUGUGUAUGUGUGUGUGAUGUGUGGUGUCUGUGUAUUUGUGUGUGUAGUGUGUGUGAUAUGUGUGGUAUGUAUGUGUAUGUAUUUGUGUGUGCGUAUGUGUGUGAUGUGUGGUGUGUAUGUGUGUGUAUUUGUGUGAUGUGUGGUGUGUAUAUUUGUGUGUGUGUAUGUUUGUGUGUGUAUAGUAUGAGUGUGUGUGGUGUGUGUGAUGUGUGUAUGUGUUUGUAUUUGUGUGUGAGCAUAUUUUCAUGAGUCACUUUUUCUACCAUGUGGGUCCUGGUGACUGAGCUCAGGUGGUCAGGCCCAGCAGCAAGUGCUUUUGCUUACUGAGCCAUUUCACAAGUUCAGAUUGAUAGCUUUUAAAAUACAAGUUUCAGGAAAGCUGGCUCAUUUCUUUCUCAACUAGGGUUAGAGCCUGAGCCAAAGAGGAGCUAGAGGAGGAGUAAAAGAAGAGGAUGAGGUGACCUCUGGGCUUUACUGUUGAAUGUGUCUCUUUUUAUGUGGGGCAUUUCUAUGGGGCAACAGGAGAGUUUUACAGGAGCCCCGCCUGGCUGCGGGGCGAAAAUGCUGAAGAUCAAGGCACUCAUAAUUUCACUUGUGGAAAUCCAAUAGUUCUUGUCUUUUUCUAGGCUCUCUGAUUCUGGAAUAAGGACCUCUCUCCACCAGGUGACAAACUGCAGAAUAAAGACACUGUGUCCCCUCUUCCCCUAGGUGACAAGCAAUGGGUAAAUUGCCAUUUGCUGACAGCUUUCUUCCAUCACCGGCAUGGUUAAUGCUGUCUAUCCAGUCAAGCGGGGCUGGGCUUGUCUGGGUCCUGGGAUUGUAGGAUAAGGUGAGUAGACACGGAGAACAGAAAAGGGCCAGUGCCCUCACUCCCUGAGCCCCCUUCUUGGCAGCUUGGUAGUCCAUAUCCUCAAAAUACUUAAUGGCUUGGAGUACUGGCCAGAACCUGUCCACACCAGGACCGUUCAUCUUGCUGGGCUUUCCAGGGCCGAGGAGCAUGCGCAUCGGGCUCUUCCUGCUUUUCCUGGUCAUGUAUCUGCUUACAGUAGCUGGGAACCUAGCCAUCAUCUCCCUGGUGGGUGCUCACAGAUGCCUACAGACGCCCAUGUACUUCUUCCUCUGCAACCUCUCCUUCCUGGAGAUCUGGUUCACCACAGCCUGUGUGCCCAAGACCCUGGCCACUUUUGCUCCCCUGGGUGGAGCCAUCUCCCUGGCUGGCUGUGCCACACAGAUGUACUUUGUCUUUUCUUUGGGCUGUACCGAGUACUUCCUGCUGGCUGUGAUGGCUUAUGACCGCUACCUGGCCAUCUGCCUGCCACUGCGCUACGGUGGCAUCAUGACUCCGGGGCUGGCGACACGGUUGGCCCUGGGAUCCUGGCUGUGUGGCUUUUCUGCGAUCACAAUUCCUGCCGCCCUCAUUGCCCGCCUCUCCUUCUGCGGCUCACGCGUCAUCAACCACUUCUUCUGUGACAUUUCGCCCUGGAUAGUGCUUUCCUGCACGGACACGCAGGUAGUGGAGCUAGUGUCCUUUGGUAUAGCCUUCUGUGUCAUUCUGGGCUCGUGUGGCAUCACACUAGUCUCCUAUGCUUAUAUCAUCACUACUAUCAUCAAGAUUCCCUCUGCCCAGGGCCGGCACCGCGCCUUCUCUACCUGCUCAUCCCAUCUCACCGUGGUGCUUAUUUGGUAUGGUUCCACUAUCUUCUUGCAUGUGAGGACCUCGGUAGAGAGCUCCUUGGACCUCACCAAAGCUGUCACAGUGCUCAACACCAUUGUCACACCUGUGUUGAACCCUUUCAUAUACACCCUGAGGAACAAGGACGUGAAGGAGGCUUUGCGCAGGACAGUGAAGGGGAAGUGAGCCACUGCCCGAGUUCAUUUCCCCUCAGAGGCUGCUCUGCAGGACUGGUGUU